UCCGCCCGUGUGAAUUUCCGUUUCAACUGGAGCUUAUCGUGAGCGAAUAGCCACGGCGCUGAGACGUGGUCUAACCAUCAGUCCCGGGGAACCAAAAAUCUCUUCAAUCGUGGAUCACGUAAGCGAGGUUGGUCAGGUGGCGGUCACCAAGCACCGGAAGUCCCGGCGCAAGAAAUCGAAGAGCACUGCCGCCACGGCCACAGGCACUACCGCCACUACCGCUGCCGCUGCCGCCGCCGCCGGCGACUCUAAAGCGAAGGAAAUGGCGAAUACCUGCACCGAAUUCCGAAAGGAGGUACACAAAUCUUUCAUUCUGCCAGCGACACAGACGACGCCGUCUUAUUCUAUGACAACGAUACAGAAUCAGACGAGCUCGACCACGGCUAUGCGACCUCGAUCUCUUUAUACCACGCACAAUUAUCAUCCUCAGUCCGAAGAUCCCAAUUUUCAACGAUACAGUGAAUUGUUUAAAUACUUCGAGCCUCCAGCCGAGCAGUGGAACGGUCUGAGUGGGACAUCCGCAUACUCGGGAUCGGCGGCGAUCUGGCGGCAGGCUAGGAAGUCGAUCGGCGGGCCUUAUUACGCGACCGAAGAAGCCUCCAUCUACGCGGAGAACUGGAGAGAGCAUGACGCUGAUGUCGGUGUCGGCGGCGCCGUCGCCACCCCCCAUGGUACUAUAUCAUUGAGGCUACACAACAGAAUACGUGUAGACAUGACCAUUGACCGCGCCGUCAGAGUCAUCAACUUCAAGAACAACAUUGUUCUAUCGCUAAGUGGUUCCGGAGCAGCUGCUGCGUUGCUACAUCCCAACGGCAGGAUAUAUCAGUACGGAUCCCGAGUAGAAAUCGUCGCUCAUGAUACACACGGCAAUAACAAAUACGCAAAAAUGUGGUACAAGGGAGUCAGUUUCACAUCGGAACAAUGUGCGCUUGUUUAUUUGGUGGAUACAGCUGGAACCAGGACCACAACAGAUUCCUUCUCAGACAUGAGCCAGGACUUUUCAUUGAGUGUUUUUUAUUCGGGUUCCCACCAUGGACCAGCGUGUCUGCAGGAAGCUGCGGCGCAUCUCAGUACAGCUCAAUACUGGCAGACCGACGAAGGUGUUGAGAACUGGAUUAUUAACAAUGUCCGUGUGUCCCAAACUCCCGAUGGUCUUGUGAGGAUUGCACGAAAUAGCAAUAAAUAUCAAUUACGUACAUCACCCAGCAACGGCACGGCCUCAUUGACGACGCCCUUUCUGCACUGUACCGCGUCCCUGGGACAAACGUCCCAUCUGUUUGUACGACGUGGCGAGCGUCGCAUGCACUACGAUGGCACCAGUUUUAUCGUGAGAAAUGCGGGUCACAGUGCUGGCUUCGAUGAUAACAACCAAUUGAAGGUCUACUAGGACGAGAGCCACGCGAAAUACUUCUCGCUUACACAUGUAGGAUUUACUUUCGAUAGAAGUGUUAUCGACUAUGGCCAAUGGUUCAAUUGCCAAUCAGGUCCGAGCACGACUUGAUGCAUCGAGGAUCAAAUUUCAAAUGUAUGAAAGUUAUGUAUCAUUUUUUUCAAGGUUCUCAAACGUGAAACUCCAUAAAAACCACAAUAACAUUGAACGCUUUAAUUGUGCCUGUCGCUCUAUGUUCAGAGAUUUACUCAUAUCUCAUUUUACUAGAGUUUAGUAAUUUAAUUGAAUUGUCUAUCCGAUAUCUACGCUGCUAUCUGUGCUGGAUUCAGCAAAACGUUCAAUAAAUGAUUUAAUCGAA